GUACAGCAUUGCGGGUACACACUUAUAGUAGAGAUGUGGCAACACUUUUUUCAGUCGUAGCUUCCUAUUACAAUUUUCGUCGGGAUUUUGUGUGUUUUUCGUCGAAAACUAAAAUAAAAACGAAUAUUGAUUGAAUAUUGCGGAGCAAUAAAGUAGUUUAACGUUAGACGUACUAAGUUGUAUGUGCGCCGUGUGUGAAUUUACAUAAACGUUAAAAUGGCGAACGUAAGGGACAGCGACACAUCACUGUGGCUGCAUAAUAAACUGGGCACAUCAAAUGAUUCGUGGAUAAAUGGUUCAAUAUGCUCGCAAUUAAACAAAGAGGUUUUGCGCAACAUAAAAGAGUGUUUUCCCGAUUUGCAAACACAAGUGAAACUGAAAUUACUGCUCAGUUUUCUGCAUAUUCCGCGCCGUCUGGUCGAAGAGUGGAAAAGCGAGUUGGAGGAGGUUAUCGAAGUUGCGGGCCUUGACUCGGAAUUAUGGGUCUCCAUGCUGGCGGAGACGAUGAAAACGUUUCCGGCGACCAGCUCGUUGAAUACAGAAAUCUCCGAUUACGAGGAUACGCGACCCAUAUUCACCGACAUGGUCAAUGAUUUGCGUAAAUUGGUCAAUAAACACUCAGAUUUGGGCAUGCUGCCACUGGAGUGUCAAUAUUUAAACAAAAAUGCCCUAAUCUCGGUGGUUGGACAACAACCGGCUGCAGUAAAACAUUUCACGCUCAAACGGAAACCCAAGAGCGCCCAGCUGCGAACGGAGUUGCUGCACAAAUCGGCAGAUGCGCAAUCCUCGCUAAAGAAGUCGUCGGCGCCAACUAUACCAUUGCGGUCGAGGGGAAUGCCGCGCAAGAUGACGGACACGACGCCACUGAAGGGCAUACCCUCACGUAUGCCCACUACGGGCUUCCGUUCGCCUAGUGUGCCGGGAAAUGCGCAGCGACCAAAUCUCAGUCGUACACCUGCCGGCCGCAAGGAUGGCGGCAUCAAGAUACUCGAAUUCACAGAGCAGCCGUUGGGUUAUGCGGCAGCCAAGAAACGCAAGCGCGAGCAACAAUUGGAGGAGCAGCAAAAGAAGCAGGAACAGAAGCAACAGGCAGCCGCCGCCGCUGCUGCAGCUGCUGCUGCCUCUAAUAAUAACACCGACAGUCCACCCGCGGAUGCUGUGGCGAAUUCCAGUGGUGGUGAGACGCCAACCACACCCACUUCGGCUAACAAUAGCUUUGAAAUCAAAUUGGAGCCGCAGUUGAAUCAGAGCAGCGGCAGUUUGGAGGAACAACCGGAUGAAGAUUUCAAGACGCCAGAGUUGGUCGCCAAGACGUUGAAGCCGGAGACGCCAGAGACUCCAGAAUAUGCGGCUGCCACGCUUCAGUUUGCGCAGACGACCACAGCUGCUGCCCCAACGCCCACAAGAGUGGCAGUCAAGGCCGAAUCUAAAGCGAAGACACCUAAGGCGGCCAAGGUGAAUAAUAACAACAACAAUAACAGCUACCAUAAUACGCCCAAGCGAAUCAAGCAGGAGAUUGAGAUCAAGAGCGAGGAGAUUAUUGUGCCAGCCAAUAUUAAAGUGGAAAAGAUUGAUCCUCCUGCGUUGACCCCGCCUACACGUACCACGCAGACGCAGGCAACAGCAGCAACAGCCACGCCCGCAACAACUACUCAGCAGCGCAUCGUUAUUCAACAGCAGCCGGCACAGCGUACUCCACAUUUACUAAUACGCAGCACCCCGCAGCCAAAGCGGCCAUACACCAACAACAACAACGGCACAGUUGCUGCCACAACAACAGCGAUAGCGACAACAACCGUUGGCAAUACCACCAUCAAAAUGGAGAAGUUAGACAUCAAGCCCAUGCUGCAAGGAGUGGCAUCAACCAGCGCACCAAAUACCAGCACUAGCACCACAACCACCACAAUAUUGACACCGCAACAAUUGAGGCAGGCUGCCAGUCCGUUGGCCAAUCUGCCAAACAAUAUCUCCGUGAAGAUAACAUCGGCAAAGGCCAAGGCCGCAGCAGCCGCGUCGACAGGCAACGGCGCCAGCAGCAGCGGAACUCAGGCAACGCCACCGCAGCAGCAGCAACAACAACAACAACAGCAACCCAUACUAAUCAAUAGCUCCACGCCCGUCAUAUUGGCGUCCUCGCCAAGUACACAGCGUGCGAAACCAAUUGUUGCAUCCACCAGUGCAACAACUACAACAACUAUACCGUCGCAGGCUAUUAAGACGAUGCCACUCAGUCAGCUGAAGACAGCAGCCAACAGUGGACCGGUCAUCAUUUCACAGACCAUCAUUCAACCGGCAAAGCGAGCCCAACAACAACAGCAACAGCAGCAGCAACAACAGCAGCAGCAACAACAGCAACAGGCAGCAACAUCAAGUGCUGCAGCAGCAGCAGCUCAGCAACAGCAGAUGCAGCAGCAACAGUUGAUUACAUCCUCGUCGCAGCCAACACAGCAAACAACAACGCAGUACAUUCUGGCUGCACCGCAGCCGCAACAACAACACCAACAACAACAACUACCCACGUUGACCUCAUUCACACAGACGCGUGCGACUCCACAGACGACGACGCUUUACCAGACCUCAGCUGGCAGCAGCAGUGGCCAGACGCCGACUAAGAUACUGCUGAAGACGACGGGAGCAUCGGGUGUGGUAAUGACACCACUGCGACAGCAUCAACCGGCCUUACCGGUGGUAUCCAACAACCCGCCGCCACUUGUGGCCACCACAGCAGCUGUGGGUCCUGGUCAGCAAACUCUCAACAUACAGAACGUGCAGCUGCCUAAUCGGCCAGUCACCAUCCAGCCAGCUUCACAGGCUGCCCAGCAACAGCAUCUGCAGGCACAGCUGCAGCAACAGCAGCCGCAUCCGCAGCACACUAUUGUGGCAAACACUACGGCCACCCAACAGCCAAAACUAUCGCAGGUUCUCAUGCAACCAGGAGGUACCAUUGCUGGAAGCACGUUGAAUGUGUCGCCUACGGCCGCUAAAAAUAAGACCAUCAUACUCACUCAAAAGGGCGUCAUCCUACGCAACAUUGGUGGCGAUAUGUACCAGCAGAUACCUAUAAGUAAUGUGGGCAGUCUUCCAGGACUUGGCACCACGCUCGUGACAACAACGGCGGCUGGACCGCCCAGCCUGGUCAAGACCACGGCAUCAACGAGCGCCCAGCCACAAACCAUACAAUUGCAACAGCAGCAGAACGCGCAGUCUGGCAAACAGAUGAUACCCACGCUAAUACCAACUAAUCAACACGGCCAACACGUUAUCGUCCAACAGCAGACGCCAACGAGUGUCAUUGGCAAUUCUGCACAGCAAACUAUUAUACGGCCAGUCAUUACGAAUGUUAGUGGAGGAUUGACCACGUUGCCGCAGGGCCUGACGCUGAUACAACGGCCAGGCCAACAGCCGCAGCUGGUGCAGGUGCAGGCGGCGCCGAGCAGCACACAGCGUACGAUUAUUACGCAGUCGGCUGCGUCGGCGCCGCAGCAGCAGCCGCGCCAGCAGCAGCAACAGAUUUUGGUACAGCAUAAGCCGGCACUGCAGCAGCGUUUGGUCACCUCGACGAGCACAGCUGGCGCACAGCUGCAACAAGGCAACAAUACGGCCAUUCCCCGCACAGUUCAAGUGCAGGUCACUCAGCAACAAACGCCACAGCAGACGAACGCGCCGGCGACACAGCAACAGCAACAACAAACACAGCAAGCGCCACAGAGGCGAGGACUUUCGCUUUCGAACGAGCACGUGCACAAGGCGCAUGAGAUGUUCCGUAAAGCAAAUCGUGUGUCUCGACCCGACAAAGCGCUCAUCUUGGGAUUCAUGGCGGGAUUGCGUGAGAAUCCGCGACCCAAUACAGAAAAUGUUUUAGUCAUUAAACUGGGCGAAACAGAGGAAAAAGUGCAACAAGAGGAUGGUAACACGGCACUGUGCCUGGUUGAGUCGCACAUCCGUUUGGAUUACAACACAGGCGAAUGGAAGACAUUCCAGAACUACAGGCUAAUGGAUCAGAGUGCGGCCUCAUAGUCCACAAGGGUCAUACGCAUAGUGCGCAAGUAGGCAACUUAGUCUUGCUUGUGUCGUAUGCGUAUCUUCCCUCCAUGUGCUAUGCUUAUGUUUAGGCUGAUUCUGGACUUUAUUUGUCAUCCGUUUUGCGUGGCCAACAAACAGCAUACAGCUUCGUUAAUUAGGCAACUAAUCACCUUUUUCCAGAUGCAAAUGUUGGAAAAAUAUAAUGAACUAAAAAACAAUUAACGUAAAUUAGUAGUUGUACAGUUUUAAGUAUAUAUAUAUAUAGUAUAUGCUAUUGCUUAAAAUGUUUAAUAAUCAUGCCACAAACACAUAAACACACAUACACUGAGGCACAAGCAGAUAUAUUUAUAUAUGUAUAUGAAUAUAUGUUUUCAAGCCAUCACUCAGCUUUGAUUGCACGCUUGACUGGAGGGCAAAAAAAAAAGAAAUGGUCGUGACAACUGCAAACGAUCGUACACAUUCACACACCCCAUACACAUACACACCCAUACAUACAAAAUACACACUUAUAUAAAUAAAUAUAUAUAUAUAUAUAUAAAUAUAUAUAUAAUUAUUUGUGUAUGCACAUACAUUAUAUGUGCAAGUACAUAUUAUAUACUUAGCAUUAUGUAAUUAGUUCGCAAGUUAAAAACAAGAAGAUUUAUAAUUAAUUUAGCAAGAAGCAUUAAUAUUUGGAGCUACGAAAAGCGCUCAUUAUUAAUUAAAAAAAAGCAAAUUUAUUAAAUAUUAUGAAUAUAUAAAUGCAUGUAAUUACAAAAAUUGGUAAAAGCAACCGCAGCAAAAGUUAACUGUAAUCAUAAAAAUGUGUAAUAGAACUAGAAUAAACCAACCAUAUUAAUGGCUUUAAUGUUUAAA